AUGUUGUGCUUUAUUUCAUGCUUAGACUUAUUCAUGUUAAAACAAAGAAGUAAAUUAUUUGAACGUGGGCCUUAUCUACAUUGCCUUCGACAUUUGGUUAAUAAAUGUAUAUUUACUGAAUAUUUCAAAUCUAAUGACUAUUUCAAAGAUUCAUUUAUUGUUCACAGACAAAAAUCAAAUAUCGUGAAACAUUCUGAUGAUACAUUGAUGGCUUCAAUCGAUAUACCAUUUCUUCAUGGAUCUAAAGAUCGUAAUGUAUAUGCUAAUCCGGAUGUUUAUACUAGUGCUGGAGUUGUUGCCACCACGUAUUCACGAUUUAAAACAAGCUUUUGGAUUGAUAGGAUUUUACUCAUUUUAACUGUAUGUAUCCCUGCCAUUCAAGCAUUAGUUCUCUUAUUAUUGCAUGCUCUUCUGGGCGUUACUCGUUGUCUUCCAGAUACAAAAGAAAAUAAACUUGAUUAUUACACAAUUACAAAUACAUUUAUUGAUCGUGCAUGUGGUCUACAACUGACUACGGAAGUACUGCAAGGAACAGUUAAGCGGUUACCACAUUCUUUUAAAUCUUCAAGUCAAAUUCAUUCUGAAUCAGAAGUAACCAAUAAAGAAAUUAGUACUAUUCGUUUACAGCAUGAAUGUUAUCCAUUUGUUUUAAUUAUAUAUGCAAUAGCAAUGUGGAUACCUCAUUACUUAUAUCAUCGCUCUAUAGAUCGAACUGCUAGACGUGAUUUAUGCUUGGUACGUGCUGAAUUACAUAGUUUCAGAAGAGCUGUUACACAAGAACUUGCUUAUUUACAAACACUUGCAACUGCAUCAACUGAUGUUGGUGCACCAACUGGAACUUUUCUAUCACCUACAUCAACUAUUCCAACAGGUCCUAUAAUACAUCAAAAUGGUUUAUAUUAUCCUCAUACUGGAAUAGGAUAUGGUGUACAAAAUGAUGGAACUAGUGAACGUACAACAUUUGGUGCUAUAUCAAUAAGUUUUGGUGAUGCUGAUUUAUCAGCUCCAGGUUUAUUAGAUUUACCAUGUUUUCAUGCAUGUCAUGUAGAUUGGUCAUUAAAUACUUAUUUAGCUGCAUGGCAAAAUACUGAUUUCUAUUGGUCAAGAUAUAUAACUAAACAUAUAGUUUUAUUAGUAUUUCAUGGAUGUACUAUUUUAUUCACUUUUAUUAUUAUUGGUAUUUAUAAAGGUACACCAUUUGCACCAUUAUAUAUAUGUCAAAUUAAUGAUUAUCAAUUAUCGAAUAAAUUAUUUAUUUGUAUGUUACAAACAACUUUUAUUGUAAAUAUGUCUAUAUUAAGUAUAGGCUUUUUAAAUUUAACUAGUUUAAUAUUACAAAUGAUUUAUUUCUAUGAAAAUUUUAUACAUAUAUUUUGGUUAUUUAAUAAUAAUGGAUCUUAUAUGGGUAUAACAACACAACCAAAUAUUUUUUUAACUGCUUAUACAGCAUUUAAAGAUACACAUUGUGAAAUACGUACAUUAACUGUUAAUUAUUCACCAUAUUUAUAUUAUUCAGAUUUUCAUUUUCUUUCAUUAUUAUGUAAUGAAAAUAUUCAUUUAUUUUCAGAUUUUAUACAUAUACAUUAUUGGACUGAACGUUAUGCACGUUUAUGUUGUAAACAUUUUCAUCGACCAUAUUGGGCUAUAAGACGUGGUAGUUUAGGACAUUUAGUACGUUGUGAAGAUUUAUCAAUGAAAUUUAAUUUUAGUAAAAUUAAAAUUCGUGUUGAAGUUAAUGAUUUUGGUUUUUGA